CCGAAAAAACACACUGCGUUUCUAAGAAACCAACACAUUGUAAUGUAAGAGGCUUCUUCUUUUUUAUUUUUUUGCUUAUCCUGGCGUGGAUAAAGGAACUGAUUUUUCAUUUCGUGCAAAAAAAUACAUUUCUAAAAUAUUUGGUCUUUAUAAAGAAUUGAUCACUUUAAUCCUGAUGGUGGUGGUAAACGUCAGGAGCGCGCACAGGAGGCGGUGUGUGCUGCUGCUUUUGAGUAUCACCGGGAUUAUCAUUUACCGGCACUUCAGUGGACAAGCAGAGAAGGUGAAGAUCAGCAGGAAACAUGGAUUAAAAGUGAACUCUUCGCAGUUCAUGCUCGGAGGAGAGCCAUUCCGCAUCCUUGGGGGCUCCCUUCAUUAUUUCCGUGUCCCUAGAGCCUACUGGAAGGAUCGCAUGCUAAAGAUGAAGGCUUGUGGCCUCAACACUCUAACCACGUACGUGCCGUGGAACCUUCACGAGCCUGAAAGAGGAAACUUCCAGUUCAGCGCAGGUCUGGAUUUGGAGACAUUUCUUCAGCAGGCAGCUGAUGUGGGUCUCUGGGUUAUUCUUCACCCGGGUCCGUAUGUCUCCUCAGAUCUGGACCUCGGAGGACUGCCCAGUUGGCUGUUAAAAGACAGGAAAAUGAAGCUAAGGACAAUGUAUGCUGGCUUCACACAGGCUGUCGAUGCUUUUCUGGACAAGCUCAUCCCCAAAAUGAUUCCUUUACAGUUCAAGAAAGGCGGCCCCAUCAUCGCCAUGCAAGUGGAACAUGAAUAUGGAUCUUUUGCAGUGGACAAGCAAUAUAUGUCAUUUCUGAAAGAGGCCCUUGAGUCGAGGGGCAUCAGUGAGCUUCUCAUCACAUCAGAUAGCCAUGAGGGCUUAAAGAAUGGAGGAGUUAGCGGAGUCCUCAGGACUCUUAAUCUACGGAAAAUAAAUCACGAAGACAUCAAGUAUUUGGAGUCUGUGCAGCCAAACAGUCCUGUUCUAAUUACGGAGUACUGGACCGGACGAUUCGAUGGCUGGGGAGAUCUGCACCACGUCCUUCCUGUAGAGGACAUGGUUGGAGUGGUUCGAGAAGUCUUGCGACGCGGCAUGUCCAUCAACCUUCACAUGUUCCACGGAGGAACAAACUUCGGCUUCAUGUCCGGAGCCGUGGCCAAGCCCUCUUACAAAGCUCUAAUUUCAAGCUACGAUUAUGACGCGCCUUUGUCCGAGGCCGGUGAAUAUACACCAAAAUACCACCUGCUGAGAGAACUCUUUAGUCGUUAUAGCAGUGAUCCUCUACCAGAAAUGCCAGCUCUGCGCUGGAAGGAAAGUUAUGAGGCAGCCAUCAUGUACAGACACCUCUCUUUAUGGGACGCAUUGCCUUUCACAAAGGAGCCUUUUAAAUCCAGGAGUCCUGUAAAUAUGGAGAAUCUCCCCAUAAACAACAAGAAUGGACAAGCAUACGGAUACACACUAUACGAGACCACCAUCACCACCGGAGGCUUCUUAAAAUCGGGAAACAACAUUCGAGACAGGGCUCUGGUGUUUGUCAACAGAGGUUUUAUCGGUACUUUCGACUACAAGAAUAAAGAGUUAGCCGUUUCUGAUGGGAAGGAGGCUCGGACGUUGAGUUUGCUGCUGGAAAACUGCGGAAGAGUGCACUCCGGCUAUGCAAUGGACAAUCAGCGCAAAGGGAUUGUCGGAGACGUUUUACUGAACAACAUGCCUCUUAGAGACUUCACAAUUUACAGCCUGGAUAUGACCCAGAGCUUUAUCGACAGUUUGUAUAGAGCUCCGUGGAGGUCUCUCCCUCAGAAGCCAAUUUUUCCGGCAUUUCUCCAGGGAAGACUUUUUGUGGAUGGAUACCCAAGUGACACAUUCGUUAAGAUGCCUAGCUGGAGCAAAGGCGUGAUCUUUAUCAACAGCCAGAAUGUGGGACGUUAUUGGCACGUGGGCCCCCAGCAGGCACUCUACAUCCCAGGACCUUUCCUCAACAGUGGAAUCAACCAAGUCAUUGUGUUCGAGGAAGAGGAAUCUGACUUUAAACUCCAGUUUGAAAACAGUCCUGAUCUGGGAAUGAGCGUCGACAUUCAGUGACCACAUGAUGGACCCAGUGAUACAGGGCCAAACCCCAAAGGGUACGGUGAUUACAUGCAAACUAAAUCUAUACGAUUAUUAU